GACCUCGUCAACACAGGUUUCAUGUACACAUAGCUUGUCAGUCCGUCACGAGGGGAAGCAACCAUUUACUAUUCGCUAGAGUGAAUUCACCACAAGGUCCGCUGUUAUAAAGCACAAAAAAGUGAUUUAAAAUGAAUCAGAUUUGGCUAGCUGCAGCAUUUUUAGCUGCAGCAAUAGUCCACUUCCCAGCUCAAUGCCAAUUAGUACCUAUCCAAGAUGAGUCUACUACCCCAUUGCCUCUGAAGAAUGCUACAUACUGGAUGACCGUGAGCUCCACUGUGCGUCAGGGUCAGCCUCUGGAAUUUCGAGGACAGAUAUUAGUGGGCAGUGAUCCUGUCUCUGUGACAGUCACUCUCCUGAAUGGGGAAGGCACUAAAACACUGAAGACCAGUCCAGCAAUAACUUUGAGCCCUGGAGCGGUUCAAAGUUUUAAAGUUGAUGUUCCUGAAAACAUAAUGGACCUCAGUGGUGAGGAAUAUCUUUACCAGAUAAAAGUUCAAAUGGUUGGUAAGGGUAAGACAGUCAACUUCAAAGAGGAAGUACUCUUAACAUAUGAAUCAAAGUCUUUUUUUACCUUCAUUCAGACAGACAAGGCCAUGUACAAGCCAGGGCAAACAGUGAAAUUUCGUGUUUUAUCAAUGACUCCUGAUUUAAAAGUUAUCAGAGACAAUUCAAAUGAUAUCAUUAUUGAGGACUCGAAUAAGAAUAAAAUUAGACAGUGGCAAGGAGUCAAAGACCCCAAUGGAAGAGGUGUCAUGGAACUUAGUCUGAAAAUAGCUAAACAAGUAGUCUUUGGAGAUUGGACAAUAACAGUGAAAACCAAGGGUACUGAAACGUUAAAAACAUUUACAGUUCAAGAAUAUAAGUUGCCAAAAUAUGAAGUUAUGAUUACCACUCCACCAUUUGGAAUCAUCUCUGAUCCUGUUUUGCCAAUCACAGUAAAGGCCAUAUACACAUUUGGCCAGCCUGUAAGUAAAGGGACAGUUGAUGUUGUCAUUACAUUGGUUUAUUCCUUAAAACCAGAAAUAAAAAUUUCUGGCCUACUUAAUAAAGAUGGAGAAUUUACACUGCAAGUCAGCAGCAAACAACUUUUAGGGCUAGUGAGUAAUGGACAAACGGAUCUUAAUUAUCAGUCUUUUAAAAUUAAUGCCAAUGUGACAGAAACAGACACUGGUCGCAAUGAGGGGAGCUCAGUAACCAUCAUCUACUACAAAACUCCACUACAAUUGACAUUUUUGGGCAUCUCACCAAACAAUUUUAAACCAGGUUUAGGCUACACAGCUUAUUUGGAAGUCAAAAAGAAAGAUGACACCUUAUUUACCUUAGCAGAAGCCAGUCAAAUUCGUUUGCUAAUUAAUGUGACUUACACAGUUCAAUUGAACAAAGAAGAGAUGGCCCAACGAGAGAAAGAGCUCAAUAUUUCAAAGUCUAAUAUAGAUAAUACAUCAGGCACAGAUGAAAAACAGCUCUUAAUCCGCCCAGGUUUUAUUCCAUACUAUGAUAAAACGAAGACUUUAAUACUAACCAUUAAUGACCCCAUAAGAACUGUGCCAGACAAUGGAUUGAUACCUAUCAACCUUGAUAUACCAAUGGAAGCAGAAUCAGUGAGCAUUGAAGUUAACGGUCUGGAGCCAUUUGCUGCUGAAAAGGCAUACAAGUCUGUCUCAAAGAUGAAGUCACCAACUGGUACAUAUCUUCAGCUUAAAGUUCCCACAGAGACCCCAAAGGUUGGAUCAACAAUCAAAGUCACAGCUGUUGCAACAGAAGUGAUAACAAAACUGAACUUUCAGGUCUACUCAAAAGGACAGUUGCUUUUGUCUGAAAUAAUUAACAAUCCACAAAGCAAUACUAAAUCAGUGGAAUAUUCUUUUACCAUCUCACAAGCAAUGGCCCCGACACUUACUAUAAUAGCAUUCUUUAUGAAAGCAGAAAAUUCAGAGUUUGUUGUUGACAGCUUGUCAAUUGGUGUUGAUGGACUUUUUCAAAAACCAAUAACUGUUGAAUUCAGUAAGACUCAAGUCAAACCUGGAGAGAAAGUUGAUGUCACUAUAAAAGCCGAAAGUGAUUCUAUAGUCUAUUUGUUAGGUGUUGAUAAAAGUGUUCAACUAUUGAAAUCAGGCAAUGACAUCACACAGGCAAUGGUACAAGAAGAGCUCAUGGGUUAUGGAACUUCAGGCGAUUAUGGCAUGUGGAGAUUCAUGUUUUUCUGUGGAUGGCCCUCUUAUUUUGGAGGCACAGAUGCUAAGUCAAUAUUGUCGAGUGCAGGUGUGCAUAUAAUAACAGAUGGUCUAGUUUACAAGUCUGCUUUUGAUAACUCAUUUGCCACAGAUUCUGGAGAUUUAGAAAUGCAAAAGCACUUUGAAUAUGACUUAAUGACAGCAGCACCAGACUCCAAUAUGGAAGGUUUUGCACCAGCGGAUAAAGUUAGAAAAAAUUUCCCUGAGACCUGGCUGUGGGAAAUUUCCUAUAUAACAACAGACUCUAAUGGACAGGUAACUUUAUCAGUUACUGCUCCUGACACUAUCACAACAUGGGUAGUGACUGCAUUCAGUGCCCACCCUGUGUAUGGAUUGUCGAUUGUAAAGGAGUCCGCCAAUCUUACGACUUUCAGAGACUUGUUUGUUAGCCUGGACCUCCCUAUCAGUAUCAUCAGAAAUGAAAAUUUCUGUUUUGUGGCUACAGUGUUUUGUUACAACAAAGAGGAAAUACCAGUUCUGCUCACAUUGGAUAAAAGUGAUAACUUCAGCAAUAUUCAUGUUAAAGUUGAAAAUGGUCAAGUCAUCCUUUCCAAAGAGAGUCUUCAUUAUUCUCACUUCCUUGGAUAUCUUGCUGAGAGGGACAUCUCCUCUGUCAAGUUUUGUUUUAUGCCAACUGCUCUAGGAGAUAUACCACUGAGAGUGAGUGCAUUGACCAAUAUCCCAGGAUUGAGUGAUGCUAUGGAACAAAUCAUUACUGUUAAGCCUGAAGGAGCUGCACGCAGUACUAGUAAUUCCUACUUAAUAGACAUGGCAACUGGCAGAUGGGAGAUGAAUGUUACUGUCAAGUUUCCUGCUGCCACUGUCACAGGCUCAGAGACAAUAAUAUUUAACACAGCUGGUAAUCUUCUGGGACCAAUGUUUGACAAUCUUGAUGACUUGUUGAAAAAGCCUUAUGGCUGUGGUGAACAAAAUAUGCUAAAUUUUGCUCCAAAUAUAUUUUUACUGGAGUUUCUUUUUUCAACAAAUAAAAACAGAUCAGUUGCCAUGGAAAAAGCUAAAGAUAAUAUGCUAAUUGGUUAUCAAAAAGAAAUCACUUAUGAACAUUCAAACACAGGCGGAUUUAGUGCAUUUGGUCAUCAUGAGGGAAGCAAGGACUCUGCAAGCUCAUGGUUAACUUCUUUUGUGGUAAAGUGUUUUGCAAUAGCCUUCCAAUUAGAUGCUGCACAAGGUAAUGUGAUUACCAUUGAAAAAGAAAUCAUCCAACGAUCUGUAAGAUUUAUGAUUUCACAACAGAAUCUGAAUGGAUCAUUUACUGAGAAGGGAAAAGUUUUCCAUAAAGAAAUGCAGGGUGGAUCAGCCGAGGGUGAGGCUUUAACAGCCUACACUGUAAUUGCUUUGUAUGAAGCCCAGAAAGUCUUUGCAUCAGGUGACUCAAUUGUUGCAAAUAUUAGUCAGAGCAUCAAGCUUGGUGUAGACUUCCUAGUGAGGAGGUUGCCAUUCCUGACUGAUCCUUAUGAUAUCUGUAUUGUGACUUACACACUGCAUUUGGUGAAUGAUAACAAUAAAGAAACAGCAUUUAACAAGAUGCAGUCUAUUGCAAUUACUGGAGAUGGUCUGAGGUACUGGAAAAGAGCAACACCAGCUGAGUCCAACAUAGCAAAAUAUGAGUGGACAGCCUCUGCUGACUCUAUUAGCAUUGAAAUGACUUCAUAUGCCCUUCUAGUGUAUGCUUUUAGAGAAAUAGCCAAUACUGAAGGACUGCCCAUUGUAAGAUGGAUCACUAACCAUAGAGGACCUAAUGGUGGCUUCAUCUCAACUCAGGAUACUGUCAUUGGUCUACAAGCACUGGCCAGAGUGGCAGCCAAAAUAUAUUCCAAUGAAGAUAUUCCCAUCACAUUAGCUGUUAGCUAUGAAAGUAAAGGACAACUUGUGAAAGAAAUAAUUAAGAUCAACAAGAGCAAUGAAAUGUUGCUACAGUCAGUUGACAUCAAUUACAAAGAUGAACAACCUAAUUUUGUGAAUAUUGUGGCUACAACAGAUAGUGGGAAAACUGGUCCAAGCACAGUCAUAGCUGAAAUUGUCUUAGGCUACAACAUAUUAGCAGAAACUAGUGCCAAGUUUUAUGACAUGUCUCACACACUAGACAAAUUGUCAGCUGGCUUUGUUUUAACUAUCUUAAUCAAAACAACAAAGGAUUCAAGCAGCAUGUGUAUCCUUGAAGUGGACAUCCCUCCAGGCUUUACCCCAGACUCUGAUGCCUUAAAAUUGAAUAAAGCUAUUAGUCUGUCGGAAAUUUUGGGAGAUGUGUUGGCCAUAUACUUUAACACUGAUAUGAUCACUACUAAAGAAACGCCAGUGAAGAUUUUUAUGGUCUCUACUGGUGGAGUACUGACAAAAUCUCAGCCAAGGAUGUACAGGGUAUAUGAUUAUUAUACUCCAGACAGAGAAUUGUCAAAGAAUUAUCUAUUGGAAGAUACAGACUUCUGUACUGCUGCCCCUGAUGUUGGUGGAUGCCAAUAUAGACAAAAAUAAAGAAUGAAUCUCAUCUCACAACUGUCUAAAAGUUUGUUUGGUACAUGGAAACAAAUAUUGACUAUGUAGAUAAUAAACUUUUUAUUCUAUGCUGUAGAACUUAGUAGAGCAUUUUAUAAGCAAAGAAAAAUUGGUUAUACAUUGCCGUUUAAUGUAAUUACAUUCCAAAACAAAAAGCUUUAUUGUAAAAUUUGUAGUUAUAUUUGAUAUGUGAUAUAUGAAACUUUUUUGUUCUUGUCAAGCUGUGUAAAGCUUAAGUUAUAUUAAAAACUAGUUCAUUCUGGUUAUUUUUACCUCAAUCUCUUAUAACUGUUAUAAUCUGAAAAAAAUAUUGCAAAAAUCUUAUUUAUAUGAAUUGAAAUACAUUUCUACAAAUAUUAAUAAAUUUAAAAUGAUU